AUGGCGUUCAGAUCCAAGGAAAUGAUGAAAAAGAUAGUGAAGAAUAUAGGUGGAGAGAAGAACAUGGCAUCUGGAGUUAAAGAACGGCUUGAGAAAUGCAAACAGAUUCCAGCUGUCAGUGGCCACAUGACAGUGAAGGAGCAGGUGGUUGAUGGAUCCAGCAUCUGGCUAGCACAUGAAACAUCUUCUGCUGCCUUUGGAUUGUCUAGGAGGACUUGGAAGCCUAAUGUGCAAGAGAAACGGCUUUUCAGCUACAUCCAAUUUGUGUCAUGCCUUGCGAUGCCUGUUAAGAUUGAGAAGUUGUACGAGGAACUUGGGAAAAUGGAGCUAGUUUUCUUUACACCCGAAGAAGAAACAAAACUUGAAGAGCAAUUUAAGGAAGUGAAGUUGGAAGAAAGAGCAGCCCGUAGGGAAGCCAGAAGGAAGAUGUAUGGUUGGUCACCAAAAUCUGAGGUAAAACCAGAUUCUGAAGGAGAAGGAAGCUUACCAACUGAUUUCCAUGAAGGGAUGGUCGCCAAUGCUUGA